CAAAACGGAAAUUUCGACGGCCAGUGUGCGUUUUGCCUCGACGCCUGCGAUAAUUCCAGUCACUCUUUCACGGUCCAGGCCUUGAUUGGUUCUAGUUUUGACUCUUGGGGCCUGUAUUUUCGGGCUGAGCAGUAAAUCCACGCCUUCGCGAACCAUACCCCCCACCUAUACACCGCGAGCCUGUGAUACACUACAUUCACAAUGCCGCCAAAGAAGAAGGGCAACAAGAAGGCGCAGGACGACGACUGGGAAGCCGAUCUUGGCGAGUCCAUCGCGCCCCAGGAUGGCGCUGCAGCAGACUCCAAGCCUGAAGAUGCUGCUCCCGAAGAGGAAGCUUCAGGCGGUGGCCUCUUAGCUGCCCUGCAAAAGCGCGGCAAGAAGAAGAACAAGAAGAAUGCCGACUUUGAACUGGAAGGCGAGGACCCACCGGUCGAGGGCACAGGCGGCGACUUUGCGAACAAAGCACCACAAGAGGGCACCUUCGACGACGAUGACGAUGACGUCUUUGCUGGCAACUACGGCAAGAAGAAGGGCAAGGGAGGCGCUGCAGAGAAGAAAGAGGAGCCCGAGGAGGCCAAGGAGGACAAGACAGAUGAGGCGCCGCGGGUCAAGACCAAGGCUGAGAAAGAAAAGGAGAAGAAGGAGAAGGAGAAGCAGCGGAAGAAGGAACUGGCUGCGAAGAAGAAGGCCACUGGCCCCACGAAACCCGAGCCUGUGAAGGCCGCCGAAGCCAAGCCAGAAGCCGCCGCUGCACCUGCUGCAGACACUGCUGCGGGUGGCAAGAAGAAGAAGCUCAACCCCGCCCUCGCUGCGCUUCAAAAACAGCAGGAAGAGCGGAAGAAGAGGGAAGAAGAACAGGCACGUAUUGAGGCUGAGGAGAAGGCAAGGCUAGAAGCGAUAGAGGCGGAAGAAGCGGAAGAGGUGAAGCGCAAGGAAGAAGCCAAGGCGGUGAAGAAGCAGAAAGAAAAGGAGAAGAUUGAGCAGCUGAAGAAGGAGGGCAAAUACUUGACCAAGGCUCAAAAGGAGGCAAAGGCAAAGAACGAACUCCGGUUGAAGCAGAUGCUGGAGAGCGGAGGCGCCAAGGUUGCCGCCCUUGACGAACCUGAGCAGAAAAAGAAGCCCCUCUACGAUGACCGUAAGAAGAGGAAGAAGCAGAUCGAGACCCAGAAGGAGAAGGAGGCUCGGGAAGCUGAAGAGGCUGCGAAGAAGCUGGAAGAGCUCCGGAUAUCCGAGGAGCAAGCUGCUGCAGCUGCCGCCGAAGCUGAGAAAGCCCGUCAGGAUGCCGAGGCAAAGAAAGGAGAAGGCAGUGACGCGGCCGACGACUGGGAGGCUGAAGCUGACGAGCUCGAGGGGGUCAAGGACAGCUGGGAUGUUGACACAGAUGAAGAAGAGGAGCGGAAAGCGACUGAGAAGAAGGCUAAGGAGAAAAAGGAGGCGGCAGCAGCAGUAGCUGAGAAGAGCACGCAAGCCAAGGACGAGGACGAGGACGAAGAUUCAGACUCAGACUCAGAUUCUGAAGAUGACAGCGACGACGACUCGUCCGAAGAUGAGCAAGGUACCGCUACACAGCGAGCAGAAGCUGCGCGGAAAGCUGCCGCUGCCGAACGACGGAAACAGGCUCACGAAGAAGCUCUGGCAGCGCGAUCCAAGGACAACCUGCGAUCUCCCAUUUGCUGUAUUCUUGGCCACGUCGAUACCGGAAAAACCAAGCUGCUCGACAAGAUCCGUCAGACCAAUGUCCAAGAAGGCGAAGCUGGAGGUAUUACGCAGCAGAUUGGUGCUACCUACUUCCCUGUCGCGGCUCUUGAGAAGAAGGUUGCCGUCGUCAACAAGGACAAUGACUUCCACUUCAAUGUUCCCGGUCUUCUGAUCAUCGAUACACCUGGUCACGAGUCUUUCACAAAUCUUCGGUCCCGCGGAUCUUCGCUCUGUAACAUUGCCAUUCUCGUCAUCGAUAUCAUGCACGGCCUUGAGCCCCAGACUAUCGAGUCGAUGAAGCUACUCCGAGACCGGAAGACGCCUUUCAUUGUUGCCCUUAACAAGAUCGAUCGUCUCUUUGGUUGGAGGAAGAUUGACAACAACGGCUUCGAGGACAGCUUCUCGCUGCAGAAGCAGGCAGUCCAAUCCGAGUUUGAGGAGCGAUGGACCUUUGUGCGCACACAGCUGCAAGAGCACGGUUUCAACUCGGAGCUCUUCCACAAGAACAAGAAUAUGGCAAAGUACGUCUCCGUAUGCCCAACCUCGGCCCAUACUGGAGAAGGUAUCCCGGACAUGAUCAAGCUCAUCGUCAAGCUUACGCAGGAACGUCUGACCAACAACCUUAUGUACCUCACCGAAGUCGAGUGUACUGUUCUCGAAGUCAAGGUUAUCGAGGGCCUUGGCACGACCAUUGAUGUGGUUCUUUCGAACGGUGUCCUCCACGAGGGUGAUCGGAUAGUGCUAUGCGGUAAUCCAGAGCCCAUAGUAACCAACAUUCGAGCGCUCUUGACACCUGCCGAAAUGAAGGAGCUUCGAGUUAAGUCGGUGUACGUGCACAACAAGGAGGUCAAGGCCGCCAUGGGUAUCAAGAUUGCCGCCGAUGGCCUCGACUCAGCUAUUGCUGGUUCCCGCCUUCUCGUCGUGGGUCCCAAUGAUGACGAAGAGGACCUCAUGGACGAGGUCAUGGGCGACCUAGCACACUUGCUCAACAGGGUUUCCAAGACUGGUCGUGGUGUCUCCGUCCAAGCAUCAACGCUCGGCUCCCUCGAAGCCCUCCUCGAGUUCCUCCGCGUCUCCAAGAUCCCCGUGGCUACCAUCUCCAUUGGACCUGUCUUCAAAAAGGACGUCCUGCGCGCAGGAGUCAUGCUUGAAAAGGCCAAAGAGUACGCCGUCAUGCUGUGCUUCGACGUCAAAGUGGAUAAGGAUGCCAAAGCGUACGCUGAGGAAGUCGGUGUCAAGAUCUUUGAAGCCGACAUUAUUUAUCAUUUGUUUGAUAAGUUCACAUCCCAUAUGAAACAGCUUGAAGAGCAGCGGAAAGAGGAGAGCAAGAUGUUGGCCGUGUUUCCGUGCGUGCUCAAGCCGGUUGCCGUGUUCAACAAGAAGGAUCCAAUUGUCAUUGGUGUGGAUGUCACUGAGGGCAGCCUCAAGAUGACAACACCCAUUUGCGCCGUCAAGAAGAACCCCGUUACUGGCCUGAAGGAAAUAAUCCAACUUGGCAGAGUCACAUCCAUCGAACGCGACCACAAGCAAAUUCAAGUCUGCAAGCGCGGCCAGCCGUCCGUCGCGGUCAAGAUCGAAGGCAGCAACCAGCCCAUGUAUGGUCGCCAUCUCGAGGAAGGGGAUACGCUGUACGCUGCUAUUAGCAGGAAGAGUAUCGAUACACUCAAGGAAUUCUUCAGGAAUGAUGUUACUCAGGAUGAGUGGAAGUUGAUUGUGCAGCUCAAGCAGCUUAUGGAUAUUUCUUAGUAAGUAGGCGGGUAUGUCUGGUGUGUUUGCGUGUGAGGAUGUGUCUGGGGUGUCUGGGGAUGAUGGGUAAUGAGGAAGGGGGGGCAUGUGUAUAACGUGUAGGCUUCUAUUUUAGGCGUAAUAGCAUGGUUUGGCGUUCCAAGUCCGAAUAUUGUUUGUUUUGUUUGGAAGUAGGGAUGUGGAAGAAUGGGAAGAGGCGGUAGGGGUGGUUCUAUGUCGCUCGUAGAAGAGGGGAAUUCAAAAGUUGGCUGUUUAAGUAUCAAGUACAUUUACGCUGUCUUUCUUUUCUGUCGGUGAGGUAUCUGCCCUUUUGCGUGUUCGUUUUGUCGUGUUAUCUUGAUGUUAGUGUGAGGCUUGGGAAUAGCUUGACGUUCUGCUCCUCGUUGCAUACAAUUGAAGUCUCCUUCUCAUUCCAACGUGCAAUUUCCCC